ACUGGCACACCAAAGAUGGUGGGUGCCGACUGUGGCAUUACGGACGUUGGGUCGGAUUUCUCGUCGAGGACGUCCAGUCCCGAGUCGGAAGACUCGUUUACGACCGAGUCAUGGAAUAAAGCUAGGAAUAGUACAGAGUGCGUCAAGAAAAUUAUCGUAUUUCCUCCAGAAAUCUGGCAAUAUAUCAUUGCAUGCGCAGACACUUCGACACUAGCUAACGUCGCUCGGGUCAAUUCAGUCGCUCACGGGAUGGCGAUGAAGUUAUUGUACAAUUCGGUGUCGCUGCCCAAGAUGUCGGACUCGUCAAAACUCCUCAAGACAUUGUGUUCUGCCACAUCUCGGGACUUUUUGGGCUACGUUCGUGCGCUCGACAUCCCCAUCAACGACAAAAAUUCGCCUUCCAUCAAUCAAGUACUCAAAUCCCUGCACUCGUUGUCCAUUCUGAAGCUAAAGGUCAUCGGCCAAGUCGCCUGGCCGUUCAAAGAUACUCGAUUGAACUUGAUUCAAUUUCAUUGGGAGGUUUUACAAGACAAGGUCGUUCCGACGGGUGGUUUGGAGCAUGGCGGAGGAAGCCAAGGAUUGAGUACCUGGCUGCAAACUCAACCCAAUAUAAUGAAGCUCAAGCUCGUCACACAUGAACGAAUAUCGGUUCCUUCGUCGUCUCUGAGAAACCUAGUGAGAGCAUCAGGCCGUCCUGUAAAUACAGUUCAAGUCACGCCCCGCACAAGAGAUGCAACGGCGGGCAUGAAGUCCCUAGCCUUGUCUACCGGACCACUCAAGCAUCUGAAAAUU